GAGUGGAUCCUCUUGUUAGACACACGAUCUUUGUCCAAAGUGAGGACGCACAGAAUCGAUUCGUCAGUCUGGAAUCGGAAGUCCACCCCCGGCUGCCGAACCUGGGUCAGUCGAACUCAGAACUGUCACGUGCGGCAGGACCAGAACCAGACAGCAGAAACUUUGCGGGUCUUAACGGACGGUGGACGUGAUGCCUCUCCGGGUGGAGAUGGAGGGUCCCGGACCCUGGGGGUUCCGGCUGGUCGGGGGCAAAGACUUCGACCAGCCGCUGGCCAUUUCCCGGGUGAACCCCGGCAGUAAAGCGGCGCAGGCCAACCUCUGCACCGGUGACAUCAUCCUGUCCAUCAACGGAGACGCCACGGAGAACAUGACUCACCUGGAGGCGCAGAACAAGAUCAAGAGCUGCGUGGAGGAAAUGGUUCUCUCCGUAGACAGGUCAGAAUCCAAACUGUGGUCGCCGCUUUCGUCCGAGGAAGGAAAGUCUCACCCGUACAAGAUGAACCUGGCGUCCGAGCCUCGGGAAGUGAAAAGCAUCGGCUCCUCCCACAACAGGAGCGCCCUGCCGUUCGCCGGGUUUGGGCCCAAAGUCGUGACGAACCAGUACAACGACCCGUCGGGUCUUUACUCCUCGCAGAACAUCCAGAACUUCAACUCUGCCGUGGACGAAGUCAAGACCGGAGCUGCAGCCGGCGACUCCAACGACAAAACCCCGUCAGAUCCUUCGGCGGCACCAAAACGCCCCCCGAUCGCCGCCGACUCUGAGGUCUACAAGAUGCUGCAGGAGAACCAGGAGUCCGACGAGCCGCCGCGACAGUCCGCCUCCUUCAAGGUGCUCCAGGAGAUUCUGGAGACAGGCGACCCGGAGAAGCCGUCGGGCUUCAGGAGCGUGAAAGCUCCCACGACCAAGAUCGGAUCGUCGGUCGGAAACACGGAGAAGCUGCCGGUCUGCGACAAAUGUGGGUCGGGCAUCGUGGGCAUGCUGGUGAAGCUGAGGGACAAGUUCCGUCACCCCGACUGCUACACGUGCACGGACUGCGACGUCAACCUGAAACAGAAGGGCCAUUUCUUCGUGGAGGACCAGAUUUACUGCGAGAAGCAUGCGCGGGAGCGGAUGGCUCCGCCCGAGGGCUACGACGUCGUCACAGUCUUCCCCAAGUAGAGCUCCGCCCCCUCUCCGCCUGGCCUCGAGCUCCGCCCCCUCCUCCGCCGGGCCUCGGACUGAACCCGGCACGGACACGUCGGGUCUCGUCACGUCGUUCAGGAACGACGACGUGUUGAUUUGCACAAUAAUUUUGAACGUAAUUGGAUUUUUUUCUACUCCUUGUAACGACUCGCUGUUUGUUCACUUUGAUGUUGUUAAUCGUCCAAACAAGAACCUUCAAUAAAUCAGACACUUUUUAUUAAUAAACAUUUUUAUACAACAAAAACUGCCAAAGAAACAUAAAAGAAUAAAAG